GGAGGGGACGCGGGGGAUGGAGGCGGCGCUGCGGGAGCUGCGCGUGCUGCUGUCGCCCCUGUCGCGGGGGGCGCGGGGCUGUCUGCGGGACGCAGCCCGGGCCCGCCUGAGCAAGGGCCAGGACGCGCUGGGCACCCUCCUCCGCCCCGGGGGGAUCUACCUGGAGUCCCUGGUGCCGAGCGGGGGCGGCCGGGCGCGGGGCAGCGUCCUCCCCGGAGCCUGGGCUGACUUCGUGUGGGAGAAUGGAGGUGAUGGUGAUCUGCAGGCAGACAAGACGAAAAUACUGGCUCUUAGUAAAAGUCAUGAACUGUUUGUCUAUGAAUUCACUCUGGAAGAUGGAAAAUACAACCCCAUUCCCCUGCACAGCUGUAAGGAAGAAACACUCAGAAAGCUCCUUGAAGUUAAAAACAUCAGUCUCUCUUCAGUCUCCUGCUUGAGGAUACUGUCUUUUGGAAACAACAAGUGCAUACUUCUGCUCAAUAAGUUUAUUGUUGUGCAUCUUACCUUCCCUGGAAGAGCCUCCCCCUCAGAGACCUGUGACUGCUUUACCCUUGAUUUGUCCCCUCAAGCUGUGGAAAGAAUAACAGACACACACUUCUGCAGGGGGAUCCUGUUCCUGUUGGACAGCUGUGGCUGGAUCUAUGUGUUUGACUCUUUUGAUGGUGCAAAUCUGGCAAACAUCAACGUGGGCCUCUGCCAGGGAGAGGUGCAGGGUGAGGACAGGAGCCCAGCCAUCCCAUCCCCUCUCACUGCCCUGAGAGUGUCGCAUGACCUCAGUGUUGCUGUCGUCAUCAGUUCCUCCAGCUGCGCCCUCUCUGUGGAUCUAAACAUCUACUUCAGACAGUUCCCUGAGCAUUUGCUCUGUAAGAGAGAUUGUGAGAAGCUUCCAGUGAAGCCUCCUGAGGGGCUUGAUGAGGAUGAGCUUGCUUGUUCUGACUAUAGCAUGGAGCUUUUGCCGUUGCCUUUCCGCACUGACAGGUCCUGGAAGGCACACUUAUCCUCGCUCUGUGAUACAGUAAGGAGAAGAAAACCAGGUUCUCCACAUUUGGUGAACGACUUCAACUUGCCUUGGUAUCAUUUUUUCACCCAUCUUGAAGGUCAUGGUCCUGACAUCUGUGAAACUCCUGAGCAGACGAUGGUGUUUGUUCCACGGGCUGUUACGUGGGCCCUUGCCCAGCCAGUACAAAGCAGUGCCACCAACCUCAGCAGUGCAGCACAGCAGUGGAAACAAAUCACCACAGGAGCACCACGAGAAGUGGUGAAACUGGAGUGUAAGCUGGUCACUGGAGUUAAAGCCUUGUUUGUAGUGUCAACAGAUGAGAAAGGAUUGACUCUUGUUCUCUGGGACUUGGAGUCGCAGGGUGUGAGCCGCUACGCCUUUGGCAGAGAGAGCGUGUCUGUGGAUUGCAGUGAGGAGCUGCCCUUGUGUCUGCUUCUGACAGAGCAUGGCCUCUCCUUGGUGCUGUUUGGUUUAAGCCAAGAGGAGUUUUUGAGCAGACUGAUGAUCUAUGGCAGCGCUGGGGUCGUGGAUUCUGUCUGUCACCUCAACGGCUGGGAGCGCUGUUCCAUCCCCAUGCACGCUCUGGAGGCAGGUCUGGAGAACCAUCAGCUAGACACAGUAGACUUGUUUUUGAAAAGCAAAGAAAGUCUUCUCAAGCUGUCUGCACCCUGCUCUGGACCUGAACAGGCUGCUGAGACCCUGUCCCAGUCAUACCUCAAAAAUUUGGAAGAGCUGAGGCCAGCCCUAAACUUGCUGUGCUCAGCAAUCAAGGAGAGUGACAUGGAGCCUCACAGCAAACACUUUUCUGAGCAGCUGCUGAACCUCACCUUGGCUUUCCUUAGCAAGCAGCUUGAAGACAUUUUUGUGCACACAGAGGAACCUGAUGGAUUCCUGCAGAAGGGGGCAGAUGUUUUAAGUGAUUACAUUAUCAAACUCAGAAAAUUUCUGAGGAAGUAUCCACAAGUCAGCACAGUGCACACAGCCUGUGAUCUUGGGGAGGAGCUGCCUGCGAUAGAGGAAAGUCACGUGUGGGAAAAGCUGACACCAGAGGAAGUCAUUGCUGAUGCCAUCUUGAGCAACAAAAUGCCAGAGGCCCAGACCUUCUUCAGGAUGCAUCAGCACCCUGCUCAAAGUCUCCAGGAGUUUAUUCAGACAGGUUUGAAUCUGGUCUAUGACCGUCUUCUGAAGGACAACACCAGAGAGGCCUCAGAGCUGCUAAGGAAUAUGGGCUUUGAUGUGAAGGAGGAAUUGCAUAAGAUAUGUUUCUACACCCUUGAUAAACACAUCCGAGAUUUGUUGGUGAAAGUGUUGCAAGAAGAAAACUAUUUUUCUCAACAAGAGAAGAAACUGAUUGAGUUUGUGCAUCAGGUGGAAAGCUCUUACUCAGGAUCCUUCCAGGACAAGAAGGAGAUUCAGUGUCUUCCCAGCUUCAAGAACUGGAGAAAGCACCAGGACUUUUCCAGCCACACAGACGUUCUGGACUCGCUGUUGAGUCGUGACAGACGCGGGGUUCACAGCAGCAGGGUCAGGGUGAUGUUUGACUGGGCUCAGUGGUGGGAUGAGCAUCUGCAGGAGAUGAUUCUUCUCCCCAGAAAGCCACGCCAAGAACUCAAGACGUGUAAUCCUGAGGUUCUUUGGAUGCACUUGACAGCCCAGCAUGAUUGGCCUAAUAUCUGUUCAUGGAUUGAAGAGUCUGAGCCCAACCAGACUUUGAGUGGACAAGCAACCUGGCCCCCUCUCACUGCAGACAUUGUUGACCAGAACACGUUGUGUAGCAGCUACAUGAGACACGACAUAUUAAACAAGCUGGCUAGGAAUGGGAUUUUUGUCCCUUCUGAGUUGGAAGAUUUUGAACUCCUCCUCCAAAGGCUGUCUUACCUUGGGGGAGUGCUGCAGAAUCCUCACCCUGUCCCAACAUACAGUGCUGCAAGUGGUUUGGACUUCCACAGUCGUUUUGUGCUUCACUGUUUAGAGCAUAACUUGCAGUAUCUGUUAUACACUUACUUGGACUAUUACAGGUUGACUCCUUCAAACUGCCCCAUUUUGGAUAACAAGGAGUUGCACGAAGCACAUCCCUGGUUUGAAUUCCUUGUGCAGUGUCGUGGUGUUGCCAGUGCCCCACAAGAUCCAAAGAUGAUUUUUCAGGCUAGUCUGGCAAACGCUCAGAUCCUGAUUCCCAGCAAUCAAGCCAGUGUGAGCAGCAUGCUGCUGGAAGGACGAACGCUCUUAGCACUCGCCACCACCAUGUAUGCAGCUGGAGGCAUUGAUCAGGUUCUUCAGAAUGAAGACAUGGAAAAACCACUGAAGAAAGUUGACCCACAGCUCUUAAAAAUGGCAUUGACUCCUUACCCCAAACUCAAAGCUGCUCUUUUUCCCCCAUGUACUUCUCAUGGGAUUUUGCCACCUGACAUCUCUCUUUACCAUCUUCUCCAGUCAUUAGUGCCCUUUGAUCCCAAGAAGUUAUUUGGCUGGCAGUCAGCAAAUACUCUUGCAGUAUCAGACACAUCAAGUGAGUUCCCCCACUUUUCAUCCCCUGAGCUGGUGAACAGAUAUGCCAUCAUGGAGAGACUGGACUUUUUGUACUAUUUGCACCACGGGCGUCCAUCGUUUGCUUUUGGGACAUUCUUGGUCCAGCAGUUAAUAAAGAGCAAAUCCCCCAAACAGCUGAUUCAGCAAGCAGGGCAUGAAGCCUGUAGUCUGGCUCUCUCUUCCUUCAGUGUACCUUCAGUAGGAGCAGCCUGUGUGUGUUUCCUGGAGCUGCUGGGUCUCGACAGCCUCAAGCUCAGGGUCGACAUGAAAGUUGCCAACAGAAUUUUCAGUUACAGAACUAGAAAUGAAGAAUCUCAGCACACUCAGAUAAGAGAAUCUUUGGUUGAAAAGUUAAUAAAAGUGGCUGAUGGUGAUAAAGCAGCAGCAGCAGAAGUUCUUAUCUCCUUAGAGGAAGCCUUUUGGGGUGCAGUUGAGCAUCAAGGAAUAAACAAGACAUCGAGUGAGUCUAGAAGGCAGUGGGGUCUGGUAAUGCAGUUCUGCAAACUCCAUGGUAUUGAGCUGAGCACAUCUUACCUGAAGGAGUGUGCCAAAGCCAACGACUGGCUGCAGUUCAUCAUCCAAGCCCAGCUGUACAGCCACCAGCCAGAGGAGGUCAUUUCUAUCCUUCAGGAUUUCACUCCCAUUUUACAAGAUCACCUGAUGCUGGCACUGGAGAAGUUCUCCCUUUUGAGCCCUGGAAGCAGUGCUGCCAGCAUCCCCAAGAGCAAACACACAGAUAGUCUCUUCCAAAUCCUUCUUCAGUGUCAAGGGAGCUCCAGCCCUUCACGUUUCCUUUUGGCUGAGGGAUGGAGAGAGCAUGCUCCCAUUCUGAGUGUGCUAGCAGCAUGUUUCCAGGAUGCAAACAUCAUUCAUUGUCUCUGUGUUUGGAUACUUACCACUGUGGAUGACACUACCAAAGCUGAGGCAACAAACCACCUUCAGAGCUCAGCAGAGCAUCACGAGUGGGAUCUGCACGACCUGUCCCUUAUCUGGAAAGUCUUGUUAAGGAGGCAAAAGAGCAAACCACUUCUGCAUGGCUUCCAGCUCUUUUUAAAGGACUCUCCUUUACUGUGUGUGCUGGAGAUGUAUGAACUGUGCAUGAGCUGUAAAAAGUACAGCGAGGCCAGAACCAAACUGGACAACUUCCAGGAAAGACUCACAGAGCUGAGAAGGGAAGAUGAGGCAGCAGCUUCAGCAUUACCUGUGCAAUGGCUGGAGUCACAAGCACUGUUUCUUCUUGAGUUGAUGAUGCAGCAAUGCAGGACAGAGUAUGAGCUGGGAAAGCUCUUGGAGCUGUUUGCUGCAGCAGACAACCUUCUGCUCAAUGGCCCUUACGUGAAGAAACUCUGGGCACUCAGUGAGACCCUGAAGGACUCCUCCGUAUCGAUCAGUCGUUCCAUCCUGACCAGCUCCACCAUGGAGAGGUUUCAGAGCGAGUGCAGGUCCAUUCUGGAGCAGCUGCAGGGGAAGGGGAUGUUCUCUCUGGCUCGGGAGGUGGCAGAGCUCGCUGAGCUGCCCGUGGACGGUGUUGUCACACAAGAGGUUCUAAGAGAGCUGCAUCGUUUCAGAGACACUGGGCAGUGGCACCAAAACCAGACAAGAGUGGAAUUCUGGAAGAAGUGUAAUGACACCUUCCUGAGGAACUCCAUCUCCAGCAGAGCUGCAGCACAGUUUUACUCUGAGCAGGCAAACACAGUGUUGGAGUCUUCAGCUCACGAGAAGAUGAGCAGCAUCAUGGAGAGACAUCUGUUGCUCACCCUAGCUGGCCAUUGGCUGGCCAAGGAUGCCUCUGUGUCCCUGCAGGAGCUGGAGGCCCUCGAGAAGCAGCUCUGGCUGUGUCGCAUCGCACGGCGAGCGACGGGCUGCAGAACGCCUCCCUCCCAGGACGCAGAGAACAGCGACCUCACCUUUGAUAACUUAGCUGAGGAGUUUUCUUUUUCAAAGCUGCCUGCUCUGAACUCACCAGAGUAUUUGAAACUAGAGGCUCUUGCAUGCAGAGGGACUCAGCAGAGCUUGUCCGGCCCCGAGGAGGAGUCGCUGCGGUUCCUGCUCGAGGGGCUGCUGGACGAGGGCCGCGUGCACGAGGCCAGUCGUGUGUGCCGCUACUUCCACUUCCACCACAGAGACGUCUCACUGGUGCUGCACUGCAGAGCCCUGGCCUCAGGGGAGGCUGCUCUGGACAAACUGCACACAGAUAUUCAGACUCUGCUUGUGGCAAGAGAGGAGCCAGCCAAGAGCAGCACAGCUGAGCCGAGCAGAGUCCCGAGCGCAUCCAGCUUAGAAGACUGGACACACAUUGUGUCUCCAUCUCCAGAUGACCAAGUUGUUGCCAGCCUGAAGGUUCUCACAGAUGAAUGUGUCCAUGGGAGAAACUACUGCAGACAGGUUCUCUGCUUGUAUGAGCUUUCUAAGGAGUUGAACUGCCCCUACAGUGAAAUGUCAGCCCUGGACCCCGAGAAGGUGCUUGGAGCCAUCCUGUCGUUGCCACGGGCAGAGCGGUGCCGCCGGGCGCAGGCGUUCAUCAGCACACAGAGGCUGCAGCCCACGGCCGUGGCAGAGCUGCUGGCUGAGCAGAUCCUGCACGAGCUACUGGCUUCUGCACAGCACAGAGGGCAGAAACAGGUUUUGAGCCCUGCAGCUGAGAGCCAGGCGUUCCUGCAGCUGGCCAAGCUGUGCCAGGACCACACCUUGGUUGGCAUGAAGUUACUGGAUAGAGUUUCCUCAGUGCCACGUGGGGAACUGUCCUGCAUUACAGAACUGCUGAUUUUGGCCCAUAACUGCUUCAGCUUGACUUGCCACAUGGAAGGAAUCACUCGAGUUCUCCAGGCAGCACGGCUUCUCACAGACGAGCACCUGGCACCUAAUGAGGAGUACGGGCUCGUGGUGCGGCUGCUCACGGGCAUCGGCAGGUACAACGAGAUGAGCUACAUCUUUGACCUGCUGCACGAGAAGCACUACUUCGAGGUGCUCAUGAGGAAGAAACUGGACCCGAGCGGGACGCUGAAGACGGCGCUGCUGGAUUACAUCAAGCGCUGCCGGCCCGGGGACAGCGAGAAGCACAACAUGAUCGCCCUCUGCUUCAGCAUGUGCAGGGAGAUCGGGGAGAACCACGAGGCUGCUGCCUGCACACAGCUGAAACUCAUCGAGUCUCAGCCCUGGGAGGAGUCUCUUCAUGAUGUUGCAAACUUAAAGAAACUGCUGAUGAAAGCUCUGACUCUCUUCAUCGAUGCAGCAGAAAGUUACUCCAAGGACUCGUGUGUGCGCCAGUCCCUGCGCUGCCGCGGGCUCACCAAGCUCAUCACGCUCCAGCUGCAUUUCCUCAACACGGGGCAGAGCACGAUGCUCAUCAACCUCAGCACGCACAGCCUGAUGGAUUCCAUCCUGGCCUUGCCCAGGUUCUACCAGGCAGCGAUCGUGGCUGAGGCCUACGAGUUCGUCCCAGACUGGGCUGAAGUUCUGCACCAACAAGUGAUCACCAAGGGCGACUUCACUUACUUGGAAGAGUUUAAACAACAGAGACCACUGAGGCCAAGCAUGUUUGAGGAGAUUGCAAAGAAAGUUAAACAGCACCCACCUACUGAUGCUGCUCUGAAGAACCUGAAGAAGCUGCUGGCUUACUGUGAUGACACCUACACCUACUACAGGCUGGCUUACGACAACAAGUUCUACGACGUGGUGAACACGCUGCUGAAGGACCCUCAGACCAGCUGCUACCUUCAGGAUGUGCUGUCCAGCUAGAGCCCUGCUCAGGGAGCCUGCUGCUGCUGCCCUGGCCUCCUGCACCCUGGGGCUGGGGCCCUCAGGCACUUCCCUCCCUAACCUGCUGCCGGGGCCAGCUGUCGACAUUGAAAAUGCUGAGACUGUGUUAACCUCAGCUUGUGGUUUGUACAAUAAAUCUUACCCUUUACAAAGUUCCUGCCUAACCAGCACAGAGCCUGGCACAGCUGAUGCUGAACCAGAGCUGCAGCAGCCCUGGGCCUCAGGGGCUUGGGGAGUGGUGGGUCCUAGGGCUGGGACAGAGGGAGCCAACAGCCAGCCCUGGGGCCAGGCACAACUCCUGAGCUCCUGGGCAGAGACACACCAGGCUCAGCCCUGCUUUCCUGUCUCAUCAGCCUGGGUUCUAGUGCAGUGAUCAAGCCUUGCACCCCUCUGCCCAGCACAAACUUGGUGUGAGAUACCCCAAGAAUUGGUUGCAAGGCAGCUGUAGUGAAGUCCUCAAUAGUGAUUUUAUUAAAUUAGUUGCUUUAUAAAA